AUGGAACGCCCACUUUUGUAUAAUCGCUACCUGCUUCCUUCCAAACUGUCGCCGGACACACAGGCACACGAAUACGCACAGCUAUCGCUGUUCUUCUGGAUGAAGGUCUCCACCGACGUGACACUAGAUGUCUCCACGGUAUAUCCAUACCGUCUCCCAAUCCAGGAAGCCAUUGCCUUCGUGAAUAAAGUCGGAGAGGAAAUAGUUGUGCGCAAAAAGCCUGUUUGGUUUCGAUUCGCAGCUCUCCAUCACUGCGCUGAACUCACUGAGCUUUAA